GUAACAUUUAAAUAUUAAAAAUAUUUGCAAUUCUAUCCCAAAGAAGUACCUCAAAAAGGGAGGUUUAAUGGGGAUAGAGAUGAGUGAGAUUUGGGCGAGUAGAAGGUGACAGAAUGGACAUCCGCCCGGAAAUACAGGGAGCCGUACUGCAACACACUCAGCUUUCAUUUUUAUAUUUUAAAAUUAUACACAAUUAAAACUCUAAAACAAAGUUAAAACCCCACUUAAUAAAAGCUCUUUCUUUCACCCUUCCUGCCACACAUCACUCUCACCAGUGGCAGCAUUUGCAGCAGCAGUAGUUGCAGUCAUGCAGCACUGCUACUGCUUACCUUGCAGUCAAGAACCACCCCACCACCAAAUAUAUAUGUAUAUACAAACACCUUUACUAUAUCUAUUUAUUAUAGAUACUGAAGUUUUUUUUUUUUUUGUGUGUGUGUGUGUUUUAAUUGUAAUUUCCUAAUUAAUUAAAGGUAAUAAAGAGGCUUGAUUUGAUUUGUUAGACAAAAUAGACUAAAACCCAUCACCCCUCUCUUUAAAAAAAAAAAUUUGUGUUUUUUGAGGUCUUGACUUAAUUUCUCUGUUCUUUUUGCAAUGCCAAAAACCCAUUUCUUUCUAAGCUCUGAAAAUGCAGUCAUGAAAAACCCUCUUCUUCAUAUCUCGCUACUUACCUUUUCCAGGAAAAUCAUUUCUUUCUAAGCUUAUAUUUUUAAAUACCAAUGGGGGGAUUAAUCGAUCUGAACUCUACGGAAGACGAUGAAACGCCAUUAUCUGGUUCUUUGUCUCCAUCUUCAUCUUCAGCUUCCGUGUUAAGUGCCCCUGGUUCUGGUUCUUCUGUUUGUUUAGAACUUUGGCAUGCGUGUGCUGGUCCACUUAUAUCUUUGCCAAAGAGAGGAAAUGUAGUGGUGUACUUCCCUCAAGGCCACUUGGAACAAGUUUCCGAUUUUUCCGGUGUAGCUGCAGCUUAUGAUCUCCCUCCCCACGUGUUUUGUCUGGUUGUUGAUGUCAAGCUCCAUGCUGAGGGUGCCACAGAUGAGGUUUACGCCCAAGUUUCAUUGGUUCCUGAAACGGAGCAAUCUGAGCAGAAGUUGGAGGGAGGGAAGACUGAGGCAGAUGGUGAAGAGGAGGAUACUGAAACCAAUAUCAAGUCAACCACGCCCCAUAUGUUCUGCAAGACACUAACCGCUUCCGAUACCAGCACGCAUGGUGGCUUCUCUGUUCCUCGUCGAGCUGCCGAGGACUGCUUUCCUCCCUUGGACUAUAAUCAGCAAAGGCCCUCACAAGAGCUUGUUGCGAAAGACCUGCAUGGUUCUGAAUGGAGAUUUCGACACAUCUAUAGGGGUCAACCACGGAGACAUUUGCUGACUUCCGGAUGGAGUGCAUUUGUAAAUAAGAAGAAGCUUGUCUCUGGAGAUGCGGUGCUUUUUCUGAGGGGUGAAGGUGGAGAACUGAGGCUUGGAAUCCGAAGAGCUGCUCAAAUUAAAGAUGGCUCUUCUUUUCCAUCAUCUUGCAGCCAGCAGUUGAAUUGCAGCAAUUUUGCAGAUGUGGUUCAUGCUAUUUCUAUGAAAAGUGUAUUCAGCAUUUACUACAAUCCAAGGGCCAGUUCAUCGGACUUCAUAAUACCCGUGCAUAAAUUCUGGAAGUGUCUUGAUCCCUCAUUUUCUAUUGGAAUGAGGUUCAAAAUGCAAUUUGAAGCUGAAGAUGCAGCAGAAAGAAGGUACAACCUUAUUGAAUCUCCAACUCUUGAGUUCAAAUUAUUUGAUUUUCAGCCUAAAGAGGAGAGCAAAGACCUACUCUACCAUGUGGUGAAGGCCUUAAUUGAUUUUUCUUGCAGACACUCAGGAGUAAUAACUGGAAUUAGUGAUAUAAAUCCUGUUCAAUGGCCUGGUUCAAAAUGGAGAUGCCUGAUGGUAAGGUGGGAUGAUAUUGAUGCCAACAGGCAUAGUAGGGUUUCUCCCUGGGAAAUUGAGCCAUCUGGUUCAGUUUCCGGUUCUAACAGCUUGAUCUCUCCUGGUUCAAAAAGGAACCGAGUUGGAUUUCCUUCAGGAAAUUCUGAAUUUAUGGUUCCUGAUGGAAUUAGAGCAUCAGACUUUGGGGAGUCUUUGUGGUCCCAGGUAUUGCAAGUUCAAGAAAAUCUGGGUUUUAACUCUCUUUAUGAUGGUUCUGAUAGUCCGAAUAUGCAUUGGUCUGAAAUAAGGCGUUGCAUUCCUGGUUCUAUUGGUUCUGAUUUUUCUGCAAUAGGAAAUAUUGGUAGAGACUCACUGGUGAGUCCUGAUAUUUCCCGUAAAAGUGUAGGCUUUGGGGAAUCUUUCCGAUUCCAUAAGGUCUUGCAAGGUCAAGAAAUUUUUGUGUCCCCUCCAUAUAGAAAUGGUUCAACUGCAGAUGAAACUCAAGAAAAUGACGCUUUUGGUCUCGCUGAUGUUGGUCAGCUGUCGGGAACUAGAAGUGGAUGGUCUUCCUUGAUGCAGAGGUAUAAUACUCAUAGUCGUACACGACCAUCUGCACCAUCUACACAAACGUCCUCACCAUCUUCAGUGUUAACGUUCCUACAAGUGAGCAAUCCAAUUCUGAAUUUCAGUCCUAUUUAUAAUUCUAAUAACCAAAAAAGGGAACAGGGAGUUAACAAACAAAGUUCUUUUCAUGCACCUGAAAUAUACAAGGGAAAGCUAUUUCCAUCUUCAUCCAGUGAACAUGAUUCCCGUGCGAGGGAUCUUGGAAGCACAGAUUUAUUCGGUCAUUCUAUUGGUUCUGUUCAACUUGGUUUUGCUCCACCUCUAGCAGCUCAACCAGUAUUCAGGACUAGUCAAGAAUUAGAUUCCUCCUGUAAAAGUAGCUGCAGACUUUUUGGUUUCUCCUUGACUGAGGGAAGACAUGAUGCUAGCAAGGAAGAAGACGUGGUACAAGCAACCUCAUCAUUGGCGCCUGGAGCGAUUUUACCUUGUGUUAGGGAAGAGUUUCACCCAAAGCCUUCGUCGGUGACGGACACAGUUGGAAGCAAUUAUACUGAAGUAAGCAAUCUCUAUGCUGUCAGAGAUAUGGUUUUAGAUAUUGCAUUGUAGACUAGUCGUGAAAGGCAGAUCCACAAAUGAGUUCCAUAGACAGGGAAAUAGAGCGUUUUACAAUCAAGUUGAAAACCUGGAAGCAUUAGAUUCCACGGUGCCUUUGCUGUGGAUAAAGAGGUUUCAUACAACUUGAAGAGUGGUUGGUUGGAAAAAUGUUUCAUUUUUGUGGUAAGCUUUCAAGCUGUUGGCGGACUUUCAAGGUGGUGGUGUUAUUAAAAUCAAGACUAUGUUUUGAGUCUCGACUUCUAUACUGAUGAAUAUGCUGCUGCAAGAAGAUGCCUACAGUUGGUGAAGUGAUUGUUUAUUUUGAUUCUAUGAAUCUAGCGUUAUGACCUAAAACUGAAAAUUUUUGUAAAUAUUUUAUUAAAGCACUUGGAGUUUAUCUUAAACUGCAAGUAUUAAGCUUUCUGAUGGUUUUCUAUUCUAAAA